GUGGUGCUGUGCUGUGGUGUAUACGGUACUCCGCCAAAAUGCUCCUUGAACAAUUUACUGGGAAGAGGUAUUAUUGAUUUCUAUCAUUCUACAAUUUGAGGAAAAAAUUGUUAUAUUCUAUCUUUUACCAGUCAGUUAAUUGACUGCCAUUAGCCUUAAUCGCAUCUUCCUAGUCGUGUCAGAUCCCUGCCGUUGAUGUCUACAACGUACAUACCAUCCUUCGCAAUUCUUGUCUGGAAACCUUUUGCCAUUUUUCAUCUCAAUGGACGGCAUCAUAGAUGCUCAUUAUUUCGUACUUCCUAGUCAAAGCAACAUCUACUCUCUGGCUCGAUUAACAUCUGUAUCUGGUUUGGAGAGGCUACUUGUUACCUCGCUCAAGAAAAAAGUUUUUUGCUUCGAAUACUCAGUUGACAAGGAUGAUGCACUGCUGCCUGUAAUCAAGGAAAUUUCUUUCACCUACAUCCCGAGUGGUGCAGAAAUAAUUUCCAUUGAUGCUGUUAACAAGUCAAAAGAUCAUGAUGAUUUUGUCGUUGGAAUCACCAUUAUUAAGACUGGAAAUAAUGAUAUGGAGUCGGAAAAGUACCUGAAUAUCUACUCAGAACCGGAGCCAGAUGAGAAUAAUGAAUUUAAUAUUGACAAUCUUGCUAACAAUUGUUUAAUGAUAGAGCUGGAUUUUGUGCCUUACUUCCUCUACCAUACUUUUCUGCUCUCUCAAAACCAAGUUGUUUGGUUUUUAAGUGGGAGCGAUAGUAAAAUCCAUGCGUACACAGAAGAUGUAAGUACUCACACAUAUCAUGAAACAGAUAUUGCAGAGCACUUUCCUGAAUUAGUUUCACCGUCUAGCAUUGUUUUAUGGAUAGAUAUUUGGCAUAUCCACCAAAAUACAAGGCGUUUAUCUGUGAUAGGGUGUGAAGACUGGUCAGUCAAGAUAAGUCUAGUGGAAAUCGAAAGCAAUACUUUGCUGUCAGUCUGGAAUUAUGACUGUGAUGGGCCUAUCUCUCGAGUGCAGCUGUUCUAUUUGAGCAAUUAUUUUCCACCAGAUGCAGAAGAUUCCUCAGAAAAUUGCGAGACUGAAGACGAGGGUGAAAAAAAAAGUAAAGAGGAAGGAGAAGAAAAUAUAAACUUGCUAGUCACAUCAACUAUCAACCAAUCAGUCGUAUUCAUGAAUGUUACUACCUCAGGCACAAGUGAACGCCACUUUCUACCUUACAAAGACUCCUAUGAUGCUAUUUUGAGCUCAGUUUGUGCAGAUAUUGAUUUAGAUGGGGAGCAAGAGAUUAUUCUGGGCGCUUAUUCUCAGGAACUCAUCGCAUACAAGUAUAUCAACUCCAGGUGGGAGCUCAUAGGGACCAGAGGUGUGUCCAGUUCUGUUCUUUGCAUGGCUCAUCUAGACCUGUCGCAAGAUGGCGUUCGAGAAUUGGUUGUAGUCACCAUGAGAGGAAUUCAUAUAUUUCAGCAUGACCCUAACAUAGUGCUUGAGAAAUUGAAAGCCUCGAUUGAUUUCUCAAAAAUUUUCUCUGCAGAAACACUAAUGUGAUCUCCUGUCUGCCGGUGUGUUCAUUGUCGAAGAGCAAGUGUUAUUGUUGAUCUCUCAAUUGUAAGAAAGACUGUUUUAAUGAUUCAAAUUUUUAUGUAUGUUGUUUUCUAUUUUUUUACCGAAGUUGACUCAAUGAUUGUAUGUAUAUAUUGGCAGAGGUUUGUUCACUUUCCACCCAUUAAAAUAGUUUUAUUUUGAAAAA